UGUUUCAGAUUUUUCUAUUUUGUACAUACAUUGUUUUGUAUAUACUGUAUAUGAUGACUUCAGUGGUCAGCAAUCCAGCUCGAGGAACUCGGGACAGAGCGCUGCCCACUACCACACAAACCACACAGCCACAGAAACAGAUACAAGUGAGUUUCAUACACACUUUCAGAGUAGCGUCACAAUGUACACUGUGUACCUUUUGGUUCUCAUGUUAUUCUUGCCAUUACAGUAAACAUUUUUUAUGUGCAUAUCACUUUUUAUAGUCUCAUUACACAAGCCAACAAUAGUUGCCGUGUGUGUAACUGCCCUCUUUGAAUGCAGGCCACAGCAGAACAGAUUCGGCUUGCCCAGAUGAUCUACGACAAAAAUGAUGCAGACUUUGAGGAUAAGGUCAAACAGGUGAGUACAGUGUGAAACAAGUUGUGAAAAUGUGGCAUAUUUAUGUAGCCUAAUCUGUGUAUGAUUAAGUACAGUACCAAUGCACACUAGCCCCACACCUGUCUGUGUGGGUGUGUUUGUGUCAGUAAAGCUGAGUUGUUUAUGUGCACACUUGCUGAUUGUGUUCCCCCAGCUGAUUGAGGUGACUGGGAAGACCCAAGAUGAGUGCAUGGUGGCCCUCCAUGACUGCAAUGAGGAUGUCAACAGAGCCAUCAAUUUCCUGCUGGAAAGCACCUCUGACACAGUGAGGGUCCCCGCAGGCGCUCACGCGCACCCAUGCUCUGACACAUCCAGUGGCACGAACUCUCAUUAAAGUGGUAAUCUGUAGUUCAAACAACAACAGUGGACACCUCGCUACUGUUUUGGUAAACAGCUGAGUGAUAGGGCUGAAGAAAUGUAACCACUCUCAAAUUCAUAGACCGAUUUAUGGACUGACCAUCCAUGAGAUAAAAAUGAUAGUUUUACCAUGUUUUGUGGCUAUAGUGUUUGUUUACAUUGUUUACAAACAAAGGAGUAAAACACGGUUGUAUUUUGGCUUCUGAUGGAAUGUGAUAGUUGAACUAAGCUAAUGUGGCAUUUUUAAGUUCUAUUCUUUAAGAAUCCAUGAGUAUACAUAAUUGAUUUAAAGGUAAACAUUUUUGGGGGGGGUGUACCAAUUGCAGAUAGCCCCUUUAACCACUUGACUAAUCAGUACCAAGUUUGCACUCUAUAUUCUCAGAACCUAAAUCUACUACCUAUUUUCCAAGUUUGCUUAUUUAGUGUUGAGUGUCUUCGUGUUUGCAAUAAGUUAUCUUUGUCUGUCAGACCUCCUGGGAGACAGUUGGGAAAAAGGCGCGAGGCCCGGGGAAGGAGGGAGUACCCUCGGAGAUGAAGGACAACCGAGAGAAGAGAGGAGAUCGCGAUGCAAGCCGGGGCCGCGGGGUCCCCAACAGGAGGGGCCGUGGAACCAACCGUAGCAGAGAGGGUGAGAGGGACUCCCAAGGGAGAGAUGUGAUAGGAAGUGUGUUAGAUAAAUCCCAUCUUUGUGUUUUUGAGUGUGUUGACUUGUAUGUAAUUGUUUCUCUCUUUGCCUCUCCUUUUAGUGCGGCCAGAGGAGAAUGGGUUUGCAAUGUGUUCUGUGGAUAAAGUGGCCGACCGUGGUCGCAGGGAGAGGGGCGUUGUUGGCAGAGGUGAGUGUUACUGCUACUAAGAAAUUGAUGUACACUACACGCCCAAAAGUAUGUGGACACCUGCUUGUUGAACAUCUCAUUCCAAAAUCAUGGGCAUUAAUAAGGAGUUGGUCCCCCCUUUGCUGCUAUAACAGCCUCCACUCUUCUGGGAAGGCUUUCCACUAGAUGUUGGAACAUUGCUGCAGGGACUUGCUUCCAUUCAGCCACAAGAGCAUUAGUGUGGUCGGGCACUGAUGUUGGGCGAUUAGGCCUGGCUCGCAGUCGGCGUUCCAAUUCAUUCCAAGUUGUUCGAUGGGGUUGAGGUCAGGGCUCUGUGCAGGCCAGUCAAGUUCUUCCACACCGAUCUCAACAAACCAUUUCUGUAUGGACCUUGCUUUGUGCACGGGGGCGUUGUCAUGCUGAAACAGGAAAGGACCUUCCCUAAACUGUUGCCACAAAGUUGGAAGCACAGAAUCGUCUAGAAUGUCAGUGUAUGCUGUAGCGUUAAGAUUUCCCUUCGCUGGAACUAAGGGGCCUAGCUCAAACCAUUAUUCCUCCUCCACCAAACUUUACAGUUGGCACUAUGCAUUGGGGCAGGUAGCGUUCUCCUGGUAUCCGUCAAACCCAGAUUCGUCCGUCGGACUGCCAGAUGGUGAAGUGUGAUUCAUCAUUCCAGAGGUGAAUCUGCUCCAGAGUCCAAUGGUGGCGAGCUUUACACCACUCCAGCCGACGCUUGGCAUUGCCAAUGGUGAUCUUAGUGUUGUGUGCGGCUGCUCAGCCAUGGAAACCCAUUUCAUGAAGCUCCCGGCAAACAAUUAUUGUGCUGACGUUGCUUCCAGAGGCAGUUUGGAACUCUGUAGUGAGUGUUGCAUCCGAGGACAGACAAUCUUUACGCGCUUCAGCACUCAGCGGUCCUGUUCUUUGAGCUUGUUUGGCCUACCGCUUUGCGGCUGAUCCGUUGUUGCUCCUAGACGUUUCCACUUCACAAUAACAUCACUUACAGUUGACCGGGGCAGCUCUAACAGGGCAGAAAUUUAACGAACCGACUUGUUGGAAAGUUGGCAUCCUAUGACGGUGCCACUUUGAAAGUCAAUGAGCUCUUAAGUACGGGCCAUUCUACUGCCAAUGUUUGUCUGUGGAGAUUGCAUGGCUGUGUGCUCUAUUUUAUACACCUGUCAGCAACGGGUGUAGCUGAAAUAGCCGAAUCCACUAAUUUGAAGGGUGUGUACACAUACUUUUGGACAUGUAGUGUAUCUGAAUUCUAUAGCACUGAUGCAAUGCAUAUUAUUCGAUGUUGGUUAUUUGAUAAAUCCAUUGCAUCGGGAGCGUUAGUGUGCAGAUACAUUCUUACUUUUCUAAGUGUUCUGUCUGCCUGCACCUUUGUCAAAUCCGUUAUGUUUUUUUUGCCCAUUGUACUGUUACUGGCCAACAUGACCCAAUGUACCACCAAGCCUUGUUGUACCUUGCCACGCCCUGCACCACAAUAAGAUUCCACUUUGCCAUGCUAUACAACAGCCUCUACAAUAAUCCUCCCUGAUCUUAGCUGUGCUAAACCCACUCGCUAUAGUCGACCGUGCCCUUGUGUACCCGAAAUGGCAUGUAAAGUGGGUAUUUGUGUAUCUAGUUGGUGUAGGGUUUUAGUUGGCAAUGUGUCCAUUUGUGUCAGCAAUUACUGCAAGUGCCAUAACGUGUGAUAUGUACAGUGUCUUCAAAGUAUUCGUACCCUUUGACUUAUUCCACAUUUUGUUGUUACAGCCUGAAUUUAAAAUGACAUAAUUUCUCAAUACCCCAUAAUGACAGUGAAAACAACAUGUUUUUAUUUUGUAGCAAAUUUAUUGAAAAUGAAAUACAGAAAUAUCUAAUUUACAUAAGUAUUCACACCUGAGUCAAUACUUUGUAUAUGCACCUUGGGCGGUGAUUACAGCAUUGAGUCGUCUUGGGUAUGUCUUUAUCAGCUUUGCACAUCUGGUUUUGGGGAUUUUCUCCCAUUAUUCCUUGCAGAUUUUCUCAAGCUCUUAAAUUAGAUGUGGAACGGCGGUGAACAGCAAUCGUCAAGUCUUUACACAGACUGGCUGGGCCACUCAAGGACUUUCACAUUCUAGUUCUGAAGCCAUUCCAGCAUUGCUUUGGCUGUAUGCUUGGUCAUUGUCCUGUUGGAAUGUAAAUCUUAGCCUCAGUCUGUCGUUUGCACUCUGAAGUAGGUUCUCCUCAAGGAUUUGACUGUAUUUGGCUCCAUUCAUUGUUCACUCUAUGCUAAUCAGUCUCCCAGUCCCUGCCGCUGAAAAGCUGUCACACCAUGCUUCACGGUAGGGAUGGUGUUAGACGGGUGUUGAGCUGUGCCUGGUUUUCUUCAGACAUUGCAAUUUGCUUUCAGGUCAAAGAGUUAAAUUUGUGUUUCAUCAUACCAAAAUCUUUUGCCUUAUCUGUCUUUCACAUGCCUUUUUGCAAACUUCAGGCGUGCUGUCAUGUAACUUUUUCUCAGGAGUGGCUUCCGGCUGGCCUCUGUAGAAACUGUUGUCCUUCUGGCAGGUUCUCCCUUCUCAGCCAAGGAACUCUGUAGUUCUGUCAGAGUGCUUCUUGCCCGGUUGCUCAGUUUGGUCAGACGGCCAGCUCUAGUCUGAGUCUGGGUAGCUCCAUAUUAUUUUCAAUUUCUCAAGGAUGGAGACCACUCUGCUCUUGGAAACUUUCAACACGAUAUAAAUUGUUUUCUACCCUUCCCCAGAUAUAUGCCUCAUCACAAUUCUAUCUCAGAGAUCUACGGACUGUUUCUUGGACUUGGAUAUGGUGUCUGCUCUGACAUGCACUGUCAACUGUGGGACCUUAUAUGGACUGGUGUUUCUUUCUCAAAUCAUGUCCAAACAAUUUAAUUGGCCAUAGGUUGACUCCAAUCAAGUUGUAGUGACAUCUCAAGGAUGAUCAAAUGACAUUGGAUGCACCUGAGAGCAAUUUGGAGUGUCAUAGCAAAGGGAUUUUAAUGAAUAUGUAAAUUAGGUUUCUGUAUUUUAUCUUCAAUGCAUUUGCAAAACAUUUCUGAACAUGUUUUCACUUUGUCAUUAUGGGGUGUUGUGUGUAGUUGUGUGAGAAAUAAAUAUUUAAUCCAUUUUGAAUUCAGGCUGUAACACAAAAAAAUGUGGAUUAAGUCAAGAUAUACGACUACUUUUUGAAGGCACUGUACUGUCCUGCAGCUGUUAUAGAGCGGGGAGGGGUGGUGGACAAGCCAGGGAGGUUGUUUUGGUUGGGACAAAGUCAGACAGACAUGCAGAGUGAGGGAGUGGAGUCAUGAGUGAUGGCAGUUGCUGUCUGUAAAUGUAUUUAUCAUAUGUCCUAAGCUGUCUAGGCUAAGUCAAUCCUUGUGUACUGAUCUAAGACCUGUCAAAUGCUGUCACUAAUGCUGUCAGCCUGAAGUCUAAACACUGAUUUCUGAUAAGCAAGUAGUGUCAGGUUUUCAGUCUGUUCAAAAUUCUCUACCAGUCUGCAUGGGUAACUGACCCAUAGCAACAUACUCAACAUACUGUACCAUGCCCCCCCCCCCAACCUGUUUUGAAGCAAUACAUAUCAGACAUUUGUGCAGAAAACAUGUCUGUUUUAAAACGCACAGACAUCAGGUGUGAUUAUUAGACUGGUGUGUGUCUUGCAGCAGAGGUCAGACGUAGUGUUUCUGUGUGUCUUUAGGGUUGGGGGGUCACGGAAGGGGAAGAGCAGCUGGUGGUAACAGGUUCUCCUCUCAGGGGAUGGGGUGAGUUGAAGAUCCACACUGGAGAAGAUCUCCCGCUGUUCAUGUCUAUUCAGUUGUGUAUUCUGUGGUUUUUGUGUGUGUGUGUGUGUAGACGUGGCUGUUUCACUGUAUCAUAGCAUUGCUUAAUAAUGAAGAUAAUGAUUACAAGCACAUAGUUGAACCCCUAAACCACCUCUCCCCACCUAAGGAUCUUCAACCCCGCCGACUACAACGCUAACUCUGGCGCAUCUUGCCAGGAAACUUGGGAAGCAGAGGGGAACGAAGGUGGAGAUGGUACAGGUGAAUAGGGUUGGGUGGUAUCUCGAUUUUCAUACAGUUUCUGUAUGAUCCCGGGGUAUGCGGUGUUACUGAAUGUGCACACAAGGGGUGCUAUAAAAAAAACUCACAAAACAUUGUGGCAACAGGGAUCUUGAUCCAGGAGGGGAUUGAAUGUCUCUGCUUAACCAAGAAGCUUGAUCUUGACAUCUAAGUCAUGACUGUAAGUCGCUUUGGAUAAAAGCGUCUGCUAAAUGGCAUAUUAUAUUAUCUAGCCACUUAGCUAGCAAGUUAGCAAACCAAAUACAAACCCCCCCCCCCCUUACAGUAGAUUCUAUACGGUCAAAUAGGUAUGCCUGAGGUCUGAAAUGUAGCCUGCUCCUUUUCGAAGUGUAGGUUUUAGAGCUUUAAAGCAUGGUUGUAGUAGUAUAGUCCUGGACACAGUUGGAGCAGUGCGGUUUGGCCUCAACCAGGAUUGUGUUCAUUAGGCACCGAAAAGGAAGAAGGGGACUACCUGGGUUUGUCCAAUAAGAAACACAGUUGUUUUCCUUCGUGAUACGUUGUAAAGCGUUUUCGCCGUGCGUCCCUAAUGAACACAACUCUGAGUUGUGCUACUGACUAAGCUCUGUUGGACAGAGGGGUACCCCCCCAGGCAUGAUGACUAACUCGCGUACCCCUUCUGUCCCCUACCAUCUCAUAGGAGGAACAUGGAGAGGCAACUUGGAAGACUGGGCCGCAGAAGACUGGAAUGAGGAUGUGAGUGAUGGUCUCCACUUUUGACUUUGUUAUAGUGGUUACACAAGCACACACACAAACGGUUCUCUUCCUGAUAUUUCUGUUUUUAUCAACAGCUGUCUGAGACCAAAGUGUUCACUGCCUCUGCUCCUGCGAACCACAUCACAUCUGGACACAAGUAAGGGCUCCAAUCUAAUGCUCACAGCAAAGCAGACUUAACCCUGUGAAAAACACUAUCUCUGUCAUCUCUCACCCAGUCUUAUAGCACGAAUUCUCACAACAAAAUAACAGUAAAAUGGCUGGUUUUGGAAUGUGACGGUUUCAUAGUAAUGAUAUGAGAUGUGGGUGUAUGUAAUUGUUUCUCUGUAUUGGCUUGUCAAAUGAUGGAGAUGAUGGUUACAAGCACAUAGCUGAACCCUUUGUGUGUGGAAUACCUCAAUCUCCUUUCUUCUGGUUACUGAAUUAUUUUUCCAUUGCAUUCACUCUUCUCAACUUCUCAUUGAGAGAGCGAUAUAUAAAUGAGAGGGGUAUUAUGAAUAAAUAGAAGUGAUAUUACAUUGUGACAAAGCGGGGGAAAAGAAGCAGGAUCAGGGUACAACACUAAACUAUCCAUUCAGUGUCCCAUUUGUAAACUGUACUGGUUGUCGUCUUUCCUCUCCAGUGUGGACCUGGGCUCGCUGCUGCCGAAGACGGGCGGUGUGGAGCUGGGUGGCAUGGAGCCCCCUGCCGCUGAGGGCGUGGGGGGCCAGAGCCUGGUGUUCACCAACUCCCACCACAACGGCACUCGCACCACCACACACAGCUAUGCCAGCGCCGCUGCCAACAGCUAUGCUAGUGCCGCCUCUGGUACCAGCUACGCCCACGGGGCCCUGGUAAGGCAGCCACACACACAUCCUUUACAUGUUUACACACGCGUAUUCUUCUGCUUAUACAUACACACUAGUAAUAUGCUUUUAAGUGAAGUUACACACAUCUGUACAGGCUUACUCACACAGACACACUAUCAACUCUCUCCUCUCUCUCUGUCCGUCAGUCCUCAGUCCUGGGCUCUGUUUUUGGGGCUCUGAGUGGGCCCAAGCCGACCCUGGCUGAGGUCAGGAUACCAGAGAAGCUCAACGGUCCCCGGCUCACCCCGCGGACCAAUCAGCAGCUGGUCACCGCGGGCAACGGCAGUGUCGCCAAAGAAUCCGGUCCACCUGCAGCUCAAGGCUCUGCUCCCAUUUCUGCCUGCAAAAUCAAGGCCCCGAGAGUGGAGAAUGGCCCUGUUCCAACCUCUCACUGUAAGACACACACAUGGGUACUAUCAUAUGGAAAACCUUCAAGUGAAGUGUGGGUACAUGUUAUUGUUUGUCUGUAUCGACUUGUCGAAUAGGAGGAGAUAAUGAUGGUUACAAGCACAUAGCUGAAUCUUAAUAUGUGAACUACUUCAAUGACUGAAUCUCCUUCCAUCCUCAAAUUGCAUUCUUUCCCCCAAUACAUUAUCACUCUGCUGAACUUCUCAUUCUACCCCCCCCAAAAAGUAAAAUGUAUGGAGAUCUAAUGGUGACACAGUGGGGGGGACACAGCCUCAUGGUACAUAGCAAAGCUUCAGUCAGUGUCCCAAUGUAAACUUUGCCACACACAUAGCCAGUCCCAAUUCACUCUUCCCGCCCUUCCCCUGGGUCCAAACCCAUUUUGAUGUUUGCAGAUUUGAUGAGUCAGAUCUGUAUUUACUGGACUGCUAAUGCCACCAAUAACCACUCUGUCGGGCGCUCUCCGUCUUCUCCAGUGGAUCUAAAGAUGCAACCAGAGCCGUCCGCUGUCCUCAGCCAGCUGGCCCAACGGCAGCAGCAGGCCCAGCAGAGCUCCCUGCCCCAGGCAGAGCCUCUGUCUCAUCCCCCCCAGGUCCCUACUCCCCCAGGCCACUACGACGCCGGGCCCCUGCCUCCCAGAGACGGACCUUCCCUGGACCACCAGGCUCCCAUGGCUGAACCCCCACAGAGGCUGAUCAAGACCCAGAGACGCAGAGUACCUCCUCCUUCCAAGGUUAGGAAACGUAUGUGGAAAUAGAGGCUGCCUGCUCACUCAGAGGGUACAUUCAAUUAGUGUUUGUUUCUCAACCAUUUGUAAACAUAUCUAAAAGUACUGUAGGUAAAUGCAACUUAGCACGCUGUCAGACAUUGGGUCUGAAAUGUCUUCGAGCGUUUGUCUGAAAGGGAUGGGAUUUCAUGUGUUAAUGUCCCUCUCACCCUCUUUCUUAAUCCCUCUUGCUCUCUCUCCUCAGAUCCCCUCGUCUGCGGUGGAGAUGCCAGGCUCAGCAGACGUGUCUGGUCUCAACGUGCAGUUUGGGGCCCUGGACUUUGGCUCUGAGCCCAGUGUGAUUGACAUGGGCCACCAGGCCGAGCCUGCCAGGGAGCCGGCCCCCAUAGCCGUACCCCAGCCCCAAAGCAGCUCUUUCUCCAAACCUGGACCUGUCAGGUGUUUAUUCAUUGAAUUUUUUGGCUUAAUUAGUACCACUGUGUUGUAUAGGGAUAGAGGCCACGGUGAACUUGUUUUACGCUAACUCGUCCCUUUACCUUGUUGUUACAGUGAGCCCCUGGGCAGCUUGUCGUCCAUGCCUCCGUCGAUAUCAGACCCCAGUUUCCCGUCUCUGGGCUUGCCCAGUGCCACGCUGUCCCCCUCCCUGGGUCUCCCCAGCGCCGCCCCACCCUCCUCCACCCCCUCAGCUACCAGAGUGGACAGUGGCCUCCCGCGGAGCAUGCCCCCCCACCUGGGCUACCCCCAGAGCAAAGACGCCCCCGCCGCCCCUCUCACCGUGAGUCACCCACACUGCACUUGUCAGGUGUGGUCAACAGAGACAUACUGUCUCGAUUAAAAAGACUACUACUCCUGUCACUUAUAAAUAUUGAGAUAAUGAUGGUUACAAGCACAUAUCUGACUCUUAUUAUGUGGAAUACCUCAGUGACUGAAUCUCCUAUGGUCAACGGAUACUUAAGACCCUCAGGUGUGAUUUAAUAUUACUAGAGCUCUACUAUAACAGCACUGUAUAGCCGAGAACACCCUUUCAAAACGUGUGUUAGUGUAAUCAAGGUGGCCCACUGAUGAGAAUGUCAAUGUCUCCUUUCACAGAAUGGCUAUGGUGGCGUGAGGACACAGGGCCCACAGGACUGUAAGUACCCAGGAGAAUUUGUGGUUGUCAAAGAAGAAACCCCUUUUGAAGGAAAAAGUGUUCUUAUUUCAUGGUUAAGACAAAAAGUACAGCAUGCUUGCUUAUCUGUCUCUUUCUCAGCGACGUCGUUGGCCUCUCGAACUCCUAAGCCCGAGUCGCCUCCCAUGAGCAGUGACAGUGGCUCCGUCCACCAUGUUCCCUCCCCAGCCCCCACACCCUCCCACUCCGCCCCUCUGCCAUCCCUCAGCAGGUAAGCCCAGCACUCCCCUCCCCCCAGUCAUUCUCAUAACGGAGAUGAUGAUGGUUACAAGCACAUAGCUGAAUCUUAAUAUGUGGACUACCUCAAAGACUGAAUCUCCAAUCUCCUCUAUUGACUGACAAAAUAAUGAAGUCCUUGUAAUGAGUUGGUUCAACCUUUUUAAAGUCUCAUCGGAUGAUUUAGUAACGUUACCUGUUUUCUCUCCCACGGUCUCCAGUCAUGUGACCAGUACAUACUCGUCAGCAUCUGCCCUCGCCACUAGCUCCUCCCUUACAGUAAGCACAGCGUCUUCUUUUGGGGAUAAUGUAAAUCACGUCCGAAACUGAUCUAAAAUAAACACUGAAGGUGAAGAGGGGAAAAAUGCAACCAAAAAAGCUAAACUGCUGUCAGGCCAACUCUCGCUCUCCCUCCACCCUAUAGAUGACAAGUGAGGAGAGCAGUAGUCUCCACACCUUCUCCUCUGGUCCUUCCAUCAAUGCCGCGGUUAGCAGCUCCAACGCCAUGAUGCAUGUCCCCGGAGUGCCUGGUCUAUCCGCCAACGGCAACACUGCCCUCUCAGCUGCCGGGCGCACUGCCCAACCACUGCUGAACACCACCUCUGGUGAGUCCAGGAUAACCCUGCUGUCACACAUAGGUUUGUUAUGGUCACUUAACGGUCCUUCUCUCUCUCUGCUGUCGGUAUUAUUUCACUGUAGACCCGUGUGAUUUUGACUCCCCUCUUUCUCUCUCUCAUUCUUGUUCCACAGGCAAAGCCCCCCCUAACCUGGCUCAAGGAGUGCCCCCUCUGCUGGCUAAUCAGUACAUUAUGGGCCCUGGAGGCCUGCUCCCCGCGUACCCGGUAACUACGCCAACCCUCUUUAUUUUUCUCUUGCUUGCUCUCGUUCUUUGUUUCCAUGAAUUCCCAUCCAUUUCUCUUUACCAGUCUCGUUUUCCCCAAGUCUUUCUCUCACCGGCCUGCCAUCACACCCUUUCUCUCGCUCUCUCUCUCUCGCUCUCUCUUCCCUUUCAUACCAUUGGUUCUUGGUUGAAUAUUUGGAUUAUUUCAGUUGACCCGUUUCAUUUGUUUGUUGUACCGCUCUAAAGCAGAUCUAUGGAUAUGAGGACCUACAGAUGCUGCAGUCUCGUCUGCCUAUGGUGAGUGACCUUUCACACAUGGAACAUCACUUACUACGUCGAUGAAGAGCAAUGCAGCACACAUUUCUGUUUGCCCAGAUGGACUCUCGCACGGUCUCUGGUUUAGAUGUAGAUUUAGUAGACACAAACAUAAAUAAAUGUUCAUGAUUAAUAUUGCAUAUCUGUGUCCCUGUCAUGAUAUGGAGAUGAUGGUUACAAGCACAUGGCUGAAUCAUAAUAUAUGGACUUCCUCAAUGACUGUUGAAUCGGAUUAUUUGGUGUCUCUCCUGGUGUCUAUUUCUCUGUAGGACUACUAUGGAGUCGCAUUCCCUGGUACAACUGCAACGAUGCCUGGCAGAGAUGGGCUAGCCAACAAUCCAUACUCAGGUAAAGCUUGUUCCACACUCAUUUACAAAUGCACUCUUCUCGGAGGCCAGAACCAGCUCUUGGGUGCACACCAUAAUAUGGAGAUAAUGAUGGUUACAAGCACAUAGCUGAAUCUUAAUUUGUGGACUACCUCAAUGACUGAAUCUCCCAUCUCCUCUGACCAACAGUAUAAUUAAAGCUUGAUUUACUUCUGGUGGUGGAAGUGGCUGAAUUGAGCAGAAAUAGCUAAUUCAGCUCCUACCAACUACUCAUACUCACACCUACAGUGCCUUGGGUGUUGCGUGUAGAUGGAUGAUAAAUCAAUUUAAGCAGUUUUGAAUUCAGGUUGGAAGACAAAAUGUGGAGUAAGUCAAGGGAUAUAAAUACUUGCUCUCAUUCCCUCUUAUGCAUUUGCCUGUUCUCAGAGGGGAAUUCCGACCCGGGUUAAGCACGCGUAAAUGGAACCUAAUUCCCUUUUUAUGCACUUCUCUCUACACGUAUUCUGACCUUGAAUUUAAGCAUGAGAAUAGCAUGCUAUUCACCUGCUAUUCGUUGGGGGUGGAGAUCAAAUAAAUUAAUCUGUGGGGGAGGUGUCUACAGAUAUUUUAAAUUUUAGUCAUUUAGCAGACGCUUUUAUCCAGAGCGACUUACAGUUAGUGAGUGCAUACAUUUUCAUACAGAUAUGCCAUAUUUGGACCUUGACUUAAUUCCCUCCUAAUUCCAGCACGAUUAAACGAUUAAGGUCGAGCAACCUGUCGGUUCCAAGUGGAACAACAGCUACUUCAUUAUUUCCUAUGUAAAUAACACCAUUCUCCAUGCGUUGUAAUUUUCUAAUUGGUAAGAGCUAGGUAAAUGAGUAAGCCCUUUGGAUAAGGGGAUUGUAAAUAUAAAUGACAAUUGUUUUAGAUCUAUUUUACCUUAUGAUCGCUGGAGACUAAUGUGAAACCAGUCAUAUGGCAGCAAACUGAAGCAUAUCACCAUCCUUUUCCACAGUGAAGUUGAUGAAAUGCUGGCCUUUUAACUUGGGAUCAAAUUGCGGUCCAAACUAUAGGCUUCUAUAGCCAUGCACAAAUAACAGUAUUGAGCCAAACCUAGAGUUAAUUUAUGAUUUCUAGAAUGUUUUAAUUACACUGAACAAAAAUAUAAAUGCAACAUGCAAUGAUUUCAAAGAUUUUACUGAGUUUUUUUGUAUUUAUUAAGGAUCCCCAUUAGCUGCUGCCAAGGCAGCAGCUACUCUUCCUGGUGUCCUGCAACAGUAAGGCAGUUAUAUACAAUAAUAUUACAUGACAUAUUUCAUAAGACUUUACCCAAUACAUUUAGUGUGUUCCCUCAGGCCACUACUCCACUAUCACAUAUUUACAAUACAACAUCCAUGUGUACGUGUGUGUAGAGUGAGUUACAGUUCAUAGAAGGAAAUCAGUCAAUUAAAUAAAUUAGGCCCUAAUCUAUGGAUUUCACAUGACUGGGAAUACAGAUAUGCAUUUGUUGGUCAGCGAUACAUGUUGCGUGGAUUUGGCUAUUUCAGCCACACCCGUUGCUGACUGGCAUAAAAAAUUGAGUACACACCCAUAAAAUCUUCAUAGACAAACAUUGGCAGUAGAAUGUCCUUGUUGAAGAGCUCAGUGACUUUCAAUGUGGCACCGUCAUAGGAUGCCAUCUUUCCAACAAUUCAGUUCAUCAAAUAUCUGCCCUGCUAGAGCUGCCCCGGUCAACUGUAAGUGCUGUUAUUGUGAAGUGGAAAUAUCUAGGAACAACAAUGGCUCAGCCGCGAAAUGGUAGUCCACGCAAGAUCACAGAAUGGGGGGGGGACCAACUCCAUAUUAAUGCCCAUGAUUUUGGAAUGAGAUGUUCGACGAGCACUUUUGGUCAUGUAGUGUACAUAAAAAAAAAAAAGGUAGGGAUCAGAAAGGUGUGUAUCAGAAAACCAGUCAGUAUCUGACCACUGUUUGCCUCAUGCAGCACGACACCUCUCCUUCGCAUAGAGUUGAUCAGGCUGUUGAUUGUGGAAUGUUGUCCCACUCCUCUUCAAUGGCUGUGCGAAGUUGCUGAAUAUUGGCCGGAACUGGAACAUGCUGUCGUGCACGUCGAUCCAGAGAAUCCCAAACAUGCUCAAUGGGUGACAUGUCUGGUGAGUAUGCAGGCCAUGGCAGAACUGGGACAUUUUCAGCUUCAAGGAAUUGUGUACAGAUCCUUGCGACAUGGGGCCAUGCAUUAUCAUGCUGUGACAUAAGGUGAUGGCGGUGGAUGAAUGGCACGACAAUGGCCUCAGGAUCUCGUCACGGUAUCUCUGUGCAUUCAAAUUGCUAUCGAUAAAAUGCAAUUGUGUUUGUUGUCCGUAGCUUAUGCCUGUCCAUACCAUAACCCCACCGCCACCAUGGGGCACUCUGUUCACAACGUUGACAUCAGCAAACUGUGCGCCGACACAACACCAUACACGUUUCAACUGCCCGGUACAGUUGAAACCGGGAUUCAUCCACGAAGAGUUCACUUUUUCAGCGUGCCAGUGGCCGUCGAAGGUGAGCAUUUGCCCACUGAAGUCGGUUAUGAUGGCGAACUGCAGUCAGCUCAACCCCGGUGAGGACGAAGAGCAUGCAGAUGAGCUUCCCUGUGGCGGUUUCUGACACAGUGCAGAAAUUCUUUGGUUGUGCAAACCCACAGUUUAAUCAGCUGUCCGGGUGACUGGUCUCAGACAAUCACGCAGGUGAAAAAGACUGAUGUGGGCUGUCGUGGUUGUGAGGCCGGUUGGACGUACUGCCAAAUUCUCUAAAACAAUGUUGGAGGCGGCUCAUGGUAGAGAAAUGAGAGAAAUACGCUUUUUGUGCACAUGGAACAUUUCGGGGAUCUUUUAUUUCAGCUCAUGAAACAUGGGACCAACACUUUACAUGUUGCGUUUAUUUGUUGUUUUUGUUAUAAUUUGUCUUAUGUAAAAUAUUAGCCCUCAUCUGUAGCCACCGUCAGUUAUACCCACAUACAUUUAUAACUGUUAGUGUUAGUUUACCUUUAUUUCCUCUGUCACGUUCGUGUGGUUGUUCCUGAGGAUCGCUAGCAAUAGUGGAUCAUAUUAGACUAACGUAUUACAAGUUGUGCAAUAAUUUGGGACAUGUAGCCUAUUUGAAUCAUUAUGGAACGCAGACCAUACGUAGCAGUUUAAACCUCCCACACGGUUCAUGACAACUGGACCGUUGUCAUCACAGUUCCAUGAUUAGUGAGGAUUAUUAGUGAAUAUUUAUAGGACUAUUGUUCAACCCCUAUUUUGUUUUAGGUGAAGCGACCAAGUUUGGCCGAGGGGACUCAUCGUCCCCAGCUCCCCCCACCAGCCUGUCGCAAGGUCCCUCCGCUCAGCCCCAGCAGCCCCCCCAGGCUCAGAGCCAAGGUCUGGGACAGAGCCAGGGCCAGCAGACCCAGAACCAGGCCUUCCUCAACCCACCUCUGCCCCCGGGCUACGGCUACACCGGCCUUCCUUACUACGCCGGCAUGCCCGGGGUGCCCAGCGCCUUCCAGUAUGGCCCCACCGUCUUCGUGCCUCCGGCCUCGGCCAAGCAGCCCAACAUGGGCCUGGGGAACCCCUCCAGCCAGUACCACCAACAGCAUCAGCCCAGCUACGGCCAGCAUGCGUAUGGAACAGGUGUGUGUGUCAGUGAGCGAGAUUGAACUGAAAUCACAAACCGUGUGUGUGGCUGAGAGGGAGAGUUCUUGCUUAGCGAGCAUGGCCCCACCCCCCUGCAGGAUAUAGUCGCUGUUCACAUGCUAUUCUAGCCAGUUGCCUUAUUGCUUCUCUCUUGGUUCUUCUUCUUCCCCUUACCCCUCCCCCUUCCUCUGCUGUCCUUUUUACUCUCCCCCUCCACUUUACUCAUUCCUCCUGGUCCUCUUCCAUUCCUCCUCUCUCUCAGCUUUUGACGACCUAUCUCAGGGCCACGCGGGGGAGUACAGUAAGGGAGGGUACGGAGGCUCUGCCCAGUCACAGGCCAAAUCAGCUGGCAGCGGCCCAGGGAAAGGUACACUCACUGAACUCAGCUGCCCCAGGACGCACCCCCCUUCCCCUCCCCGCCCCCUUCACUGAUCAGCUGUGAUAUACUACUUAUACUACUGUUCUGAAACCCCCCUCACUACUAACCAAGAAAUACUCCCUCAGUCACUAUUAACUCUUGAAAUGGUGAACUCCCUCACUAGAAAUGUUGAACAUUGCCUACUGGCGCCGUGCCACCUCGUGGGGGCAAACUGACAUGUUGUUCGACGUGUCCUCUCGCUCACAGCUCCAGGUUUGUCCGGCUCAGGCAGCAGUGGAGGGGUGCCUGAUAUGGGUGCUUCAAUGUACAGCAAGACACAGGUGAGCUCAGUGACACUCAGUAUACCAUGGCCCAUGAUGAAGUCAGUCCACACCUGGUUUAUAGUUGUUGCUGUUAGUGUUGUCGUGAUACCAUGAAGCAAGGGAAACAAAACAUGAUGCAGAUUUAAUUUUUUGAGGAAAAACAAUCCUAAUGUUGGAAAAGAAUCUGCCUUAUUUUCCAAGCUAUAGCACACAAUAUUUUACAAAAUUAGUUUUUAAAGGUUUAGUCUGUUUCAUGUUUUCUUUUUUGCCAAAGAAAAUGGUAUAGUAUCAUGAUACUGGUAUCGUGACAUCAUUAGUUGCUCUAUAGUUGUUUAGGCGUUUUAGCCAAUGAUGUGUAUAGAAAUCAUUGGUUUCAGCCAGGGCAUGUCUGAGAAAAAGUGGCUUUAAUUGAAACGGCUGGUUGGAUUAAUUGAGUUUAAGACCACCUCAGUACAACAGGUUUGAAACAUGAUUUUUUAUUUUAUUUUACCUUUAUUUAACUAGGCAAGUCAGUUAAGAACAAAUUCUUAUUUACAAUGACGGCCUACACCAGCCAAACCCGGAUGACGCUGGGCCAAUUGUGCGCCGCCCUAUGGGACUCUCAAUCACGGCCGGUUGUGAUACAGCCUGGAAUCGAACCAGGGGGUCUGUAGUGACGCCUCAAGCACUGAGAUGCAGUGCCUUAGACCGCUGCGCCACUAUGAAUGAGGAUAAAUUCAGGAUCAUACCUCUUAUGCUCAGACAUUACAUAAUAUAAUGGUCCUCUCCAACAACCUCUGCCCCCCCCCACCCAACCCCAGUCUUUUGAUAAGCAGGGCUUCCACACGGGAACGCCCCCUCCCUUCAGCCUGCCGUCUGCCCUCGGGGGCACGGGCCCUCUGAACCCCGGCGGUGCCCCCGGUUACGCCCCGCCACCCUUCCUCCACAUUCUGCCUGCCCACCAGCAGCCCCACUCCCAGCUGCUGCACCACCACCUCGCCCAAGACGGACAGGUAACACCCCCUCAACCUGUUGUUAAUGAACACCAAACACUUACAAUCUCCACCUGUUGUUAAUAAACACCAUAGACAUACAUGGACUUAGUGUGGGAGCUGGACCACAGUGGUUCAGACUGCCUCCAUUAAAAAUGAGUGACUUCCGCCGGAUUGCCAAGGUUUUAAUGCAGUCUGUCAAGAUGGGGCGUAAGACUGACGUUACCGUUAACAUACCAUUAACAUAUAAAUAAGUGGAGAUGAGUUUCUGGAAUGGGUUCCAAUGAGUUUUGACUAGGAAGGGCUGUUUCUGUAUAUUACCAUCUUGCGCAAACAACUUUUCUACCCUCUAGUUAAUACCCCUCUCCCUAGUUUAACCCAAUAGCCAAUAAUUGACUGUGGUGUGUGUGUGCGCUUUGUCUCCCCCUGUAGGGUGGUCCGGGUCAGCGCAACCAGUCCAGCAGCAUUCAGCAGAAGAGCCAGAGCAACAAGUCCAGUUAUGGCAGCCCUUACUGGGCCAACUGAAGGGUACACCUGGGGAGUCUGUCCUGGCCCCCCAUCAUAAAGGCUCUCUGUGUGUGUGUGUGUGUGUGUGUGUGUGUGUGAAGCUAAACAAAAACGCACUACCCAAACAUCCCCCCUCCAACUCCCCCCACUACCCAAACAUCCCCCCUCCUCAUACAUUUUUAUUUGUUUUCCCUUUUCAAAUUGGUUGUACAUGUAAGAUAUUUAUGUAUGUAUUUAUAUAUAUAUAUACUGUAUAUGUAAUAGUAGAACAUGAAAUGUGGUUGCUGCAUUUUAUU